ACAAUCGUGUCACUUUGUUAACGGCAAUACAACAAUAUGCACCAUGCCCAAAAGGAAAGGAGCAACGGGGACAAAGGUGACCCUCAAGGAUGCUAAGAAGGCCUUACGGAUGAAACCCGACGGGUGGCGAAGACUCACUCUUAGCAACAUGGGCAUAACCAUCUUCCCCCAGUGUCUCCUCAAAUUGACUAACAUGGAUGAGUUAGAUCUCAGUCGGAAUGAGAUAAGAAAACUCCCAGAAGGCAUUGGGAAGCUGUCGUCCCUCAGAUGGCUGGACCUGCACAGCAAUAAGCUGGAGUCUGUACCCGAGUCCAUCGGUCAACUCGUGGGCUUGACCUAUCUCAACCUCUGCAACAAUCAUCUAACCUCGGCAGGUUUACCCUCAACGCUGGCCUCCCUUACCAAGUUGAAAAGUCUAAAUCUGGGAUUGAACAAGCUGGAUGCCCUGCUUCCCACUAUGGUCUCCCUAGAGAGUCUCCAAGAGUUAGACCUAUUUGAUAACCUCUUCACCAGUCUACCAGAGUUUGUCAAAGCGCUAGGAAAUCUGACUGAAGUGAACAUACAAAGAAACCCCUUGCUAAAACUUGUGGAGGAUGGUGAGGAGAUGGAAACUGAAAAGUCAGAUGAGGAGGACAAUGUGUUCCUCGUUCACGAGAGCAGACUAUGUAGUAUGUGCUUUAAAAUAUGUAAAGACCCGGGAGGAAAACAUUUGAACGUAGAUUGUGUGAGGGAAAAGUUGGUGGAGAAAAGGUCUUAUUCAGGACUGAUAACACCAAACUCUGUGGCCGCAGUCAAUCAAGAUGUAUGGAGAGUCAGAAGCUAGAACGUAAUUUUUAUUUUUAUUUUUUCCACUUUCGGCUUUUCCCUGUCAGUGGUCGCCAACGCCAGUAAACGCCAGUUAAUCACAUGAAUGGUUUUGGCUUAGUUUUUACACCUUCCUGAUGCAACCCAGGCUGGGAAUCAAACCCAUUUCCAGUGCCAUGAAAAGCAGAGGUGUACCAUUACGCCACCAGGGAUCCAGAACGUAAUCUCAAGAACGUAAUUGAUGUAUCUCACACUCUAGCUAAGGAAUAAAACAAGAAUUAAAACUGUCUAGUGACAUUAGAUGAUACCUACCUGGCGUUAGCGAUGACAUCAGCAACACCUCUGCCUUUUAAUGACGAAACCACCUUGCAUAACCUGCAAUAGGCAGAUCUGAGGUCAGAUCACUGUCAGUAGUUUCUAUAUUUAGGGAAAUAUUACUA